AUGCUUGAGGAUAUAAGAUGCUCCUCGAUGGAAAGGCAGGUUAAGAAGUUGAGUAUACUUGAAAAUUGGGAUGAUUCUAUCUGCCCACAAAUUAGGAAAAAUCUUGAAAAUCUGAAAAUACAGAGUAGGAACUGUCAAGUACAUUCGGCCAUAUGUGGAAAAUUUGAAGUUCAUCACCAUGAUGACAAAUUUGUGGUUGUGAUAGAGUCUAGGGCAUGCACAUGUAGAGUUUGGGAAUUAAAUGGAAUUCCAUGUGUGCAUGCCAUAGUUGCCUUAGCAUUCUUGAAAGUGGAUUCAGUUGCAUACAUUCAUGAGUACUAUACUAUUGAGAGAUAUAAAUUGGCAUACACAUUUGGUUUGGAACCUUUAAAUGGGAAGAAGAUGUGUCCGGAUGCUGAGGGCUACACAGUGUUUCCACUACACAUAAGGAGGAUGUCGGGUAGACCAAAACUGAAAAGGAAGAGGAAUUCGGAUGAAGUAAACCCAAAUAACACCCACAAGCUCAAGAAGAAUGGAGUGACAAUGACAUGUAGGAGGUGUAUGCAGCCUGAGCAUAACACUCGUACAUGUAAGAACGAGGCUGUAGAGAAAUAA